AUGACAGGCUCACCUACAAUGGAACAAAAGAAGCUGCCAGUCUCUGCUUCUCGAGAGAAAUUAGCGGCGAACAAUAGAAACUACACAAUGACUCACGGUGAUUCGGCUCACGAACAAGAAACCAGAAGCGAAGAAAGAACUUAUAUGCUGGUGACUGUAUUAACGGAGCAAUCAGGUGGUGCCACCGCUCCAAAAGAGCCAAGACUGGAAAGCAACAAUGGGAAUAUUACACCGCAAACACAACAGUACCCAAUAAUUUUUCCUAAUGCGACUUUGAAUCAGGGAUUUUACCAACCGUCAGUUUUGACAAAUGAGAUGACUACAUAUGCGUUAUUUUCGGCUCCAUUAUCACCUGUCGCGACACCACCAGAUACUUCAAAGCCAAAGAGACAUCAAGUUAAGAAUGCAUGUGUUAAUUGUCAAAAAGCAUGCAAAAAAUGUGACGAUAGUCGUCCUUGCAAUCGUUGUAUAAAAGGUAAAAUGACAGAUACAUGCAAGAGUUCGAUUCGUAAAGAAAGAAAGAAAGGAAUUAAACGAGGUCCAUACAAAAAAAGAGGAAGGAUCGUCGCUGAUCCCAAAGAUAUCAUCGCUUCAUCCACAAAUAUUACAUCGACCGGAGCGAUCACACUUUUGAGUAUGGCCAGACAUCUCGUGAUCCCUGCAAUUCCAUCUAUUACUGUUCCUAAUCCUACCGGCGGGGUUACUCCUUACGUACUAUGUUUUCCUCAAACCAUGACGAUUAAACAAAAGCAAGAUCAUCAAAAACCAACCACCGCAAAUAAUAUGGAAAAACAAGAAAAAACUUUAUCAUCGUCAAAAGAGAAAUCACCUGAUCGAUCAUCUUUGUUGUCUUCUCCACAACAAAAUCAACAAUUGAAUUCUGAGAUGAUUGAUGAAAAUAAAAAUAAUGGAUCAAGACUUACUCUUUUGUCGCAAGUUUGCAGUGAUAUGUUGGAUAAGACAGAUAAAAAGGAAUCGCUUUCUCCUUUAUCGCAUUCCUCCCAAACGACACGAAUUUCUAUGCUAUCUUUUACUUCGACUACGCAAACAGAUGAUCACGAAAAAGCGACUGAUCGCUUGCAAGUUGCAAGCACUUCCCAUCAUGUUGACUUGCCUGUGCGUCAGGAAUGUGAAAUCAUGAAAGGAUCAUCCGAAGAAAAUCUCAUUCGAUUCUCGAAUGAGAACAUUCGACAAGAAACUGGAACACGAACUCAAUAUAUGCCAACUAAUCAAACUCAAUCUACGCAAGUUCAAUCUAUUAACAAUAGCAAUAAUUUCUCUCAAACUCCCUCGCAACUUUAUUCUAAUCAUCAAGAUCAUCAACAACAAAGAUAUCAACAGAGAAUACAACAAGAAACACAAGCAUACACUUUCCGACCAACACUAACGAUUCUUCAGCCUUCCAACCAUCAGCAGCAAGCACCCGCGCAACAUAAUUUUAGUGUCAAUGAUUCCACCUCAAAAUAA